AGAAAAGUGAAGAAGGGAAGCAGUAAGCAAGCACUAAGAAAUUUCAGCGAUGCUUCCUCGGAAUUUCAAACAUACUUCUUAGAACUUUCUCUGGAAAAAAAAUGCAGACAAGGUACAUGGAAAGAUCUAGUAGUAUGGCGGCAAGAGAAAAACGGCUUUUAGAUCCAAGUAGUAGUCAGGAAGCUCAGCCUGACAGGAAACGCCCUGCUCUUGCCAGUGUUAUUGUUGAAGCUCUAAAGCUGGACAGUCUGCAGAAACUUUGCUCAUCAUUGGAACCAAUUCUUCGGAGAGUUGUCAGUGAAGAAGUAGAGCGUGCUUUGGCGAAAUUGGGCCCUGCCAGGCUUAACGGAAGAGUUUCUCCAAAAAGAAUUGAAGGUCCUGAUGGAAGGAAUUUACAGCUGCACUUUAAGUCCAAGUUAUCGCUACCCCUAUUUACAGGAGGAAAAAUAGAGGGAGAGCAGGGUGCUGCAAUCCAUAUUGUCUUGGUCGAUGCAAGGUCAGGCCAUGUUGUAACAUCAGGUCCAGAGUCCUCUGUUAAAUUAGAUGUUGUUGUGCUCGAAGGCGAUUUUAACAAUGAGGAUGAUGAAGGCUGGACUCCGGAAGAAUUUGGUUCUCAUAUGGUGAAAGAACGUGAGGGAAAGAGGCCACUUCUUACUGGGGACUUACAAGUGACACUGAAGGAAGGAGUUGGAACCCUUGGGGAGCUGACAUUUACUGAUAACUCUAGUUGGAUUAGGAGCAGAAGAUUUAGACUUGGUCUGAAGGUUGCAUCAGGUAGUUGUGAUGGUGUUUACAUCCGUGAAGCAAAAACAGAAGCCUUCACAGUUAAGGAUCACAGAGGAGAAUUGUACAAGAAACAUUACCCACCCGCACUUAACGAUGAAGUUUGGAGAUUGGAAAAGAUUGGGAAAGAUGGAUCAUUCCACAAGAAGCUUCUUGAAGCCGGAAUAUCCACAGUUGAACAUUUCCUGCGACAUGUAAUGACAGAUCCACAGAGGCUUCGGAAUAUACUUGGUAGUGGAAUGUCAAAUAAGAUGUGGGAGGUGCUUGUAGAGCAUGCAAAGACCUGUACCCUGAGUGGAAAAGUGUAUAUAUACUAUUCUGAUGAGCUAGAGAAUGUUGCAGUUGUCUUUAACGAUAUCUAUGCAUUAAGUGGUUUGAUUGCUGAUGGGCAAUAUCAUUCAAUUGAUUUUCUUUCCCCCGGUCAGAAGAUUUUUGUGGACAACUUGGUGAAGGAGGCAUAUGAAAAUUGGGCAAAUGUCAGAGAAUAUGAUGGAAAAUAUCUUCUGGACUUUCCUCAAAACAAAAAUUCAGCUGUUUCCCAAAACGAUCACGUGAAUAGCUUACAAGACCAGCCAAACUCUUUUGAUCAUCUUGGUCAGCUCUGUCUACAAAGCCUUCCAGCCUCAGUUCCUGCCGAGCAUCCUUAUACGAACGCGGGAUUGACCCUUGGAGGUCAUAACAACGAUAUUGGUAGCAGCUAUACCAUGCAAUCACAGAAUACGGAUCUCAAUGUCGCUAUACAGUUAGAUGGCAAUAGCUUUGCGUUCCACACAACACAACAAGCUCAGCCAUCCGGAACCCAGAAUACCCUCACCCUUUGUCCACCGCAGUUGAAUACGCCUAGCUUACACUCUGUCGCUACACCAAAUCUUUCUAUUAGGGGAUAUGAGGAUAUAACUGAGGAUGACAUCCGCAUUCAAAGUCAUGAGAUACUUGAAAAUGAAGACAUGCAAGACAUGCUUCGAAUGUUCAGUAUGGGUGGUCAUGGUUCCUCGUCCUUUAAUAUCACUGACAAUAAUUUCACAUUCACACCAUACACGCCUUUUAACUUAGAUUUCCAAGAGGAUCGUAGACGUUCAUCUGGUAAGGCUGUUGUUGGGUGGCUCAAACUUAAAGCAGCUCUAAGAUGGGGCAUCUUCAUCAGAAAGAAAGCUGCUGAGAGAAGAGCACAGAUUGUAGAACUCUUUUAGGUAUGGUGGCCUCUGUUUAUGGCAAUACUAUGGUGUUUCAAGAAUGAGUUCAUGUUAACCGGGGUUCUAAUCAGUAUCUACUCAAGUUUUUACUUUUGGAACAGAAUUUGUGGGAUGAUUCCAUAUAGUCUCAAAGUUACCAAGUAUCCAAUAAGCGUUUGGGAAGAUUAUAUUGCCCAGUGAAGUGCCUGUUCAAUACUUAGCAUUGGACAAUAUCAAUCAAUAUAGUGUGCAAGAUUUUAACUUGUUUCUUUUUCAAAGCCUAGUGUUAUCCCAAAGAUUGUGCCAAACAUUCGCCAAAGCCAAACCUUUCGCAGGACGAGGUAUAGUAUCCUCGAGGAAAUUGCUCACCGCCCAGCUUGAAUGGCCAGAGUGGUGAAUGUUAGGAAAUGGGCAGCCAUUUGUCUUCUUAUUGCAAGCAUAGAUCUCUUUUAUAGUUACCAGUGUUGUAUCUGUAUUACUAUGUUUUGUUUACGUUGUAGUUCUACAUAUUUUACCAGUGUUGUACCUAGUUGCUUAGUAAUGGACAUGUCGCUGGAAGAUAUUAGAAUAUAAAGAGCUUUAUGGCAUAAAUACUUUGAUCUA